AUGUCGGCUUCACAAGCAGAAUCACAGCUCGAAGCACUCCCCACAGAACUCAAAAUACAAGUCCUUCGAUGUCUCCCAAGUGUUUCCUCUCUGGAAUCCCUGACCCACUCAUCACCUCAAUUCUACAACGCUUACCAUAGCGAGGAAUAUGCACGACUUCUCGAACAAGUAGUAGAAAACGAACUCGGAAGCGAAGUUCUAAAAGAAGCAUGGUUCGUGAUCAGAGCAGCACGGCACCUACAUCUGCGAACCAGUAAUCGUUUCAAUAACGAAUUGGAUGAUACAUCGCGAAAGGCAUUAUUAGAACUGUUAAGAAGUGGAAGAAAUUUAGAUAAAAGUGAGCUGGGUAUCACACUGGAGGAUAUGAUUUGGUUUUCAAAGAAGCUGUCCGCACUCCAAGAAUUGACGAUGGCAUUCUUUGAAAGCACGAUAGGAAAGCAUCCAAUUACUGGGGAACGGAUCCCCUUAUCAGCCCCCUCAGCAGAACCUCCUUCCAAGAGCGAGCUCUGUCGCAUUCAACGCGCCAUUCUCCGAAUAGAGGCUUUUACCUAUUUGUUUUCACUUGAAGACCAUGAUUCUUCAGCGUACAGACAUGCUCAAGAUACAAGAGGUCCAUUCAUGGAGCAAGGAUUAAAUCGUAUCCACCGGCACGACUGGAGACGACGCCGACCUCUGUGCGAAUUAACCAGUGAGCAGCAAGUCCUCUUCUUGGAUAGAUACGAGGAAUGGGAAAUAGAAGAAAUGAUUUGCGUACGAGAUUGGUAUCGUAGGGAAUAUGGUGCUCUGUAUAAGCAAUAUCCGAAGGAAUGGAAAGACGUGUGGAUUUAUCAAGAAUGGAUAGAUGGAGACCCGAGCUGCGCCCUCGAGGAAGCCGCAAAUAGUAAAUGGCUCAGGGAAAAGGAUUGGAGGGAUUGGCAAAAUGUGAGCGAAUUGUCUAUGAGCAAGGGGUUUGAGUUGUUGGCGGAAGUAAAACGCAAAGAAACUGGAAAGGAGAAAGUGAACCUUAUAUACAGUGCCAUAGACAGUGAUGGGAUCUACUUCAUUGACGCGGACGAUUUUCUGUCGAUGACAUUGGAAGAAUGGCAAAUCUUAAGGACCAACGAUGCGACGAGAGAAAACAUCUCUAUUGAAACUUUGCAGAAGUGCUUGGAAGAACAAACUGCAUGGGAAGAGUCAGGAAGUAAUGCAGCAUGGUGCUGGGUGCGUAGACAAUGGGAAAGGGAUAACAGAAAGUGGUACCAGACAGGAGAGUGUUUGAGAAGCUGGGAUGCGCUGGGUAUUCUUGGCCGUGACGUUGAUGAAAUUGGUAUGCAUGGACCAAAGAAAUUUGGUGGACUGUUAUUGUCGGAAAGUACGACGGAACAGGAUGAUGAAUAG